AUGGAAGACGAGAAUACAAAAGGCGAUACACCCGAUUCUUUGGAGGGACUCGCGGCGAAAUUGUGCUCAACAACUCUUCUCGACUAUUCGAAAUGGGAGACGAAAAUCAACGAGUGGCAGGGACCGUUUUUGAGACAUUCAUAUUUGCCCGAAUGGUACAAAGCCGCGCUUUUCAACGAGCUCUACUACAUGACCGACGGUGGCUCAGAACCACAUCUUUCUCCCUACACGCAAGCGUUGAUGAAAAGGCAUGGUCGUUUUGGGUAUCUUGAAUCAUGGGAAUAUCGAAUGGUGACCACCUAUGAUGUGCAUUUUUAUGCUUCUUAUGCGAUCGCCUCUCUCUGGCCGGAUUUGGAGUUGACCAUUCAAGCGGAAUUCACUGGUCAAGUCGAACACAGCGCCGAGAAAGAGAUUCGCUUUCACAUGGAAGGAGACAAAGCACCACUCAAAUCGAGAGCCCGCGUACCACAUGAUUUAGGAAAUCCAUAUCCCUGGUACGCCUAUGUGAUGCACGACACUGGAAAAUGGAAAGAUCUCAACUUGAAAUUCGUGCUCACUUCAUGGCGUGAAUAUGUGAUUCUGACGGAGAAGAAUCGCAGAUUUUUAGAUCAUGUCUACCCGGCUGUUAAGAUGGAAGUACAAGAAGGAAUGGAGUUUGGAAGU